AUGACUUUACUAGUAGUAUAUAUAGUAUAUUCAGUAACACUACUGCCAACAUCUCUGGUGACAGCUUAUAGCAAGCAAGAGGUUGAAUAUUUGGAAGAAUUUGGUUAUUUGCCUAAACCAACUCCAGAUGUCGCACGAAUGCUCAGUGAAACAGUGAUAGAAGAAGCGAUCCGAGAAUUACAACUGUACGGAAAUAUACCAAUCACCGGAAAAAUGGACGCUGCUACUCGAGAAUUAAUGUCUAGAAAGAGAUGUGGCUUAAGUGAUCGUCCAAUUGAAGAAGCGCUUCGAAGAAGAAGACGAUAUCAAAAACGAUUUGCUCUAAUGGGACCAAAAUGGACUAAACAAAUUGUUACAUAUAGAUGUGGUGAUGGUAGUGGUGGUGGUGGUGAUGGUGGUAUGAAGUACAUUUUGGUUAUAUGUGGAGGUACAACUGAUGAGUCAUUUUGA